GUUAACCAUCAAGUCAAGCUCCUGUUUAAGUUUAAGUAAUUAUUUUUCACUUUUCUUUUGUUUAUGUUUCAUUUUGUUGAUUUUGAAAUGUGCAAAUGCAUUAAUGUCAAGAAUAUUGUAAAGCCAUGAUGAGUUAAUAAGCCGAUAAGUUUAUGUAUUUUUGAUUGCUUGUGGUCAAAUCCUUCACAUAAUGAAUAAAAAAUGUAUUCAGUGUAUCAUGUAAGAUGUUAGAUAAAGAUAAAACUGAUAAAUUAAUUAUAUAGUUUAAUUCGAGACUUAAAGAAUGAAGCUCUACAUUAAUAGUUAUGUAAGGUGUUCAUAUAAGAGGAACACAUGUGAAUAUUUUUAUAAACAUUUAACUGAUGAUGAUGUAAUUAAAUAUUGAACAUGAACUUAUUUCAAAUAAAUAUAAAAGGCAAUAAAAAGGAAUUUUAUGCAUCUGUCAAGCUUUUAUCGUAUAGAACUUUUGUUUUUUCUAAACAGAUAUUCAACAAAUCAUUAAACAAACGAAGGGAUAAAAAUGCGUGAAAGAAAAUUCGGUUGUGGCGAAUGACUGGCUCGUAGAAUAAAC